AUGGAAACAGCCAGCAACAAUUCUAGUAUGUUGAAAUUUCCACCACUUUAUAAAUGUCAAGAACCGAAAAACUAUGCCCAGCCUGAAGUUCUCUGUCACACUUUUGAGAUGCUGUCUAACCUGCACAAGCUGCUUCCAAAUCAUCUGAUUGAGAAACUUCAUUCCUACAAGAGUGAAGAGGACCAAAAAAAAUGUGAGAAUUCUGAACUCUCUGGCUUGGAAAGAAUCUUAGUAAGACAUCAGUUACCAAAAGAGAUUAAUAUGACCCCAAAGCCAAACAGAAUGCCUCUAUGGAAAAGAAAAGCCAUCAACAAUGUAAGUGAAGAGUGGAAGAAAUGCAACUCUUGGAAGAGAAACACGGAAGAGCCUCCAAUGUCCACCAUAGUUGUAAGGUAG